AUGUGGGCGUGCCUCAGCCUACUCAUCACUCUCUGCCUGCUCCAUGGGGGCGGAGCAGAGAGUGACGGGGGUGGGCCUCGCUGUCAGCUACCUCCAGCCUGGAAGAUAGGGGAGGUGGAGCCAAUGAAUCAGGCGAUGGGCCAGGUGACGGUGCUGGCCCUUUUCCAGGCCAGCUGAUUGUUCUGCUUAGUGCAGGCUUCCAGAAUGGAUGACCUGCGCCAGAAGCUGGAGGGUCAGGGUCUGAAGGAUGUGGUCUACAUGGUCGUUAACCAGCAGGCGGAGCAAGCACGGCGCCUGCACACCAUGCUGGCACAGAGACUGUCAGAGAACAUCACACUCUACAAACAGGACGAGCAACAGCCUGAUGUCUGGAAGACACUGAGCGGACAGAAAGAUGACUUUCUCAUUUAUGACAGGUGUGGCCGUCUCACCCACCACAUUUCUCUUCCAUACUCCAUCAUUGGACACGGCCAUGUUGAGGGUGCGAUCAAAGACACCUACUGCAAACGCAUAUGUGGGGACUGCACUCAUGAGAGCACUGAGACACCAGAAGGGUGCACAGAGAAAGCAGAUGCACAGCCUGACGCAGACCCUACCCCAGCUGUAAAGGAAGACACUGGGCAUGGUCACGGUCAUGGUCAUGGUCAUGGUCAUGGUCAUGGUCACGGGCAUGGUCACCACCACAGUCAUCACCAUGGGGUUAACCAUGGUGUUCACCCCCGUGGCCAUGAUCACAACCAUGGUCAUCACCAUGGAAGCCAUGAUGGUGCUGGCCAGCAAGGUGUUGGGCAACAUAAUUUAGAUGUAGGCCAGACGCAGAUGUCACAGGAGGCCCAUCAAGUCCCUUUGAGGCCCUGAGUAAAUGAAGCUAGGUGAAAGUCAAAGUACAGCUGACAGUGGAGAGCAGGCUCUGACAAUGCAGCCUCUCCUAAAGCCAGCUGAUGCUGACACUGACGCAGGCUGUUUGGCGAUGCAGGGGGUGAGCAACUGGUCGGACUGUGACACUGUGAUGAGGCGCUGCCCGCCUCCUGACUUUGACACGGGCCGAGAGGCGAUACAGCCACUAAUGUUGUGGAGACCUGACAGUGACGCUCGCCUCCUGCUGCCUGACAGCAGCCUCAGCCAGCCCAAUGAGCCUGACCCCAAGGUGUGAGCUGAGGAUGAGAGCAGCUGUAAGCUGGCUCUGAUAUCAGCCUCAUAUUAAUACCAGAAACAUCGGGGCCAAGCACUCUUUUUACCAACAAGUAUUGCCCUGGGAGAGGGCAGAGCAGUCCCUGACAGCAUGCAUAUCAGAUAGAUGAACGUGAGUCUGAGAUCACACUGAUGAAGAUUAAAUAAAGUAGAUAAACACAUCAAGCAAAACAUGCAUUGGCGGCUUGUUAACUUGGAACAUUUGGCAACAGGUAUGCAAAUAAUUUGACUAAGCCUUAAAGAAUAUAUGACUUGUUUCACCUGUCUCCGCUUGUCUGUCAGUGGGUUGCUCUCAUCCUUUCUCAGAAGUGUAGUUGUUAUGUUCACAAAUGACCUCCUCCAUUUUGCUCUCUCCAUCCUUUAUGAAACCAGGCGCAGAAACUACGCUCUAGUGGCGUCUGUAUGAAGUCAGGCAGGAGAGAGAGGAGAGGGUAGUUUAGGAACAUGAUAAAUACUUUAAACAUCUCAAAGUUCAGUAUCUAAGGAUAUUUGAGGGAACAGAAAAAAAAUUGAUUAUUAAAAAUAGAUAGAUUCUUUAAAUACUGCAAAAAAAUAGGAAAUUAGGCAGGGAGUUUAAUAAUUACCUGAAAGCACUGGCCCGCUACUGGGAAAAAUAAGUCAUAAAAAACAUUUUAAAGCAAAUUGAGUUUAUCCCAGUGAUGUGUUUAUCUGUAGCACAUGCUAUUGAUCAUUGUUCUUGAUUACAUGUAACGGCAGUAACUACCAUGAAUUACUAAUUUUUUUUACUUAAGUCAGCAAGCUUAAACAUUUGGCAGGAGUAUAUUUUACCACAUUUCAAAUGUUGAAUACUAGAUGUUCCUGUAUGUUUUCUUUGCAUUUUCUGGAUGUGCCUUGUAGGUUGCAAAUUACACACAUUUAUACAAGGCUUGCUAAAAAAAAAAUCAUGACUCUAUUAUUUAGAAAAGGGCAGAGGGGAAAUGAAUGAAAGUGGAGCAAUGAAUGAUGGUUGGAAUACACUCAGUACUUAAUGAAGGUUUCUGCGGGAAGAUAACAAUCACCUUGAAAAUCUGAUGCUUGUACAGAGAACUGUAUUAUGUUAAGGCUGUCAAACAUGGAAACUGAGAGUUGAAUACAAAUGGUUGAGUUUCUUUUUGAGUUUGUGUGUGUUCUUGGUGAAGUUGGAACAUAAAAGUUGACCAUUACUGAA